CCCUCCAGCUGCCUGGCAGUCCCCACCUCGGGCAGCGUGCCGAGCGGUUACCUGUUCCAGCUGCCCGGGAGGCUCCGCCCGUCGGCUCCGCUCUGCGGCCGCACCUCCGAGUCGUCCAGCAGGUUCAGGCCCCCGUUCCCUGCCCCGCAGCUGCCAUGAGGGGCCUCCCGUGCUCGCCGCUGCCCGUGUUGCUGCUCCUCCUCCGGCCCUGGGAAACCCACCUCCAGUUCGAAGGUCCCAGGUGCCGUACUGGGCCCCUGGAUUUGGUGUUUGUGAUUGACAGCUCGCGCAGCGUGCGCCCCUUCGAAUUCGAGACCAUGCGGCAAUUUCUGGUGGGCAUCCUCCGCGGCCUGGACGUGGGGCCCAACGCUACGCGCGUCGGCGUGAUCCAGUAUUCGAGUCAAGUGCAGAGCGUCUUUCGACUUGGCGCCUUCUCGCGCCGCGAGGAUAUGGAGCGUGCCAUUCGCGCUUUGGUGCCGCUGGCGCAGGGCACCAUGACCGGGCUGGCGAUCCAGUACGCCAUGAACGUGGCCUUCAGCGUGGCCGAAGGCGCGCGUCCUCUAGAGGCGCGCGUGCCACGAGUCGCUGUCAUCGUGACCGACGGGAGGCCCCAGGAUCGCGUGGCAGAGGUGGCGGCGCAGGCGCGCGCCCGCGGCAUUGAGAUCUAUGCGGUGGGGGUGCAGCGCGCCGACGUGGGCUCCCUGCGCGCCAUGGCUUCCCACCCGCUGGACGAGCAUGUCUUCCUGGUUGAGUCCUUCGACCUCAUCCAGGAGUUUGGCCUGCAGUUCCAGGGCCGGCUGUGUGCAAAGGAUCUGUGUGCGGAGGGGGGACAUGGCUGCCAGCACCAGUGUGUCAGCUCCCCGGGCAUGUUCCACUGCGCCUGCAACCCCGGCUACCAGCUAGCAGCAGAUAACAAGAGCUGUCUGGUCAUUGACCACUGCCGCUUCGGGAACCACAGCUGCCAGCAGGAGUGCGUUAGCACCCUGGGCGGGCCACGGUGCCGCUGCAGAGAGGGCCACGACUUGCUGCCUGAUGGGAGGAGCUGUCAGGCCCGGGACCUUUGCAAUGGCGUGGACCAUGGAUGUGAGUUCCAGUGCGUGAGUGAGGGCCUCACCUACCACUGCCUGUGCCCUGAUGGGCGGCAGCUCCAGGCAGAUGGCAAGAGCUGCAGCCGGUGCCGCGAAGGCCACGUGGACCUGGUUCUCCUGGUUGAUGGCUCCAAGAGUGUGCGCCCGCAGAACUUUGAACUGGUGAAGCGCUUUGUGAACCAGAUCGUGGACUUCCUGGACGUGUCCCCUGAGGGCACGCGCGUGGGGCUGGUGCAGUUCUCCAGCCGGGUGCGCACGGAGUUCCCGCUGGGCCGCUACGGCACGGCGGCCGAGGUGAAGCAGGCGGUCCUGGCUGUGGAGUACAUGGAGCGCGGUACCAUGACCGGGCUGGCGCUGCGCCACAUGGUGGAACACAGCUUCUCCGAGGCGCAGGGCGCGCGACCCCGCGUCCUCAACGUGCCUCGCGUGGGCCUGGUCUUCACCGACGGCCGCUCCCAGGAUGACAUCUCAGUGUGGGCAGCACGCGCUAAGGAGGAAGGCAUCGUCAUGUACGCCGUGGGCGUGGGCAAGGCUGUGGAGGAGGAGCUGCGUGAGAUCGCCUCGGAGCCCGCGGAGCUGCACGUGUCCUAUUCUCCCGACUUCCGCACCAUGACGCACCUGCUGGAGAACCUCAAAGGCAGCAUCUGCCCUGAGGAGGGCAUCGGCGCGGGGACGGAGCUUCGGAGUCCCUGUGAAUGCGAAAGCCUCGUGGAGUUCCAGGGCCGGACGCUGGGGGCGCUCGAGAGUCUGACUCAAAACCUCGCCCAGCUGACAGCGCGACUGGAGGAUCUGGAGAACCAGCUGGCUACCCAUAUGUGAGGGCCACGGUGGCCGGGACCCGGGCAGGGGCGGCUCCGAGGACUGUGGGGGCCAUCGUGCGCCAUCGGGGCACGGGGGCCGCGUGCGCCUGAGCCCCUGGGGCUCGGGCUGUUGGAGACAAGGGGCUGGCAGGCUCCCAGCACUGCGCUCGAGCUGGCCUCUCCGGGACCGCAAGCCUAACUGCGGGGGACGGGGGCGCAUGCUAGAUCCGCACGCCCUUGUCACGUGCAUCAUGAUGCGCUCAGUUCUUUGUUGGAUUUCUUUUUUUGUUUUCUUUUUCUUUUUAAAAAAAAUCUGGU